UUCUUGGGAAUAUCAAAGGAUAUAUUUUCUUGGGAAUUUAUAUUGCAACUUCCAAGCAUUAAAUUGAAGAGGGAUAACUAAUGGCGUUAUUCGUUUAACAUCUUGAAACCUCUCCAGAUUCAUAACCACUAGUUCUUCUAUAUAUAUGUAGAGGGCUUAACAUUAUGAAUAUCUAAAGCCACCCUUGAUUCUUUUUUUUAUCCGUUUUCCUAAGCCUCUCAAUGACUAAAAGUGUAAAAUUUAGCUUGAAACUUCUCGUUGAUGAGAAGAGAAACAAAGUUGUUUUGGCUGAGGCGGUUCAUGAUUUCGUUGACGUGCUCAUCAGCCUUUUGAGUCUACCAAUGGGAAAAAUUGCUAGAUUGCUGGAGAGCCAUAAGGAUUUGCAGACAGUCCUAGCUUGUUAUCAAAACCUUAACAGAAGCGUUGCAGAUAUGGGCAUCGAACAUUUUGAGACUGAAGCUUGCAAGAGUAUGUUACUGUCUCCCAAGAGUUCUUAUGAGAUUCACUGUAGAAAGCUCAAGCUGAACAUGGGUGAUACUGAUGCCACCAAGUUCUUUAUAUGCUCAAGUUAUCUUAGUGAUGAUAGUACUUGCGACAAUGUAUACAGCAAUUUUAACACCUCAACAUGUAGAUGUGGAGGGACGAUGAGCACUCGGAUGUUUACAUCAGAUGAAGAUCAAAUUGGAGAAGAGAUUGGAAAUAGUGUAGAUGGAGUGUUUGUCAAUUGCAGAUCCUCAUUCAUUGUGACUGAUGAUUUGAAAGUAUCAGUGAACUCUAUUGGUGUUGUCAUGAAUGUUCUUAAUGAUUUAGGGUACACUGAUUUUAGUGAUCUACAAGAAACCCUACUUGACAUAGGGUUCGAAGAGGUGGUGACUCUUUUGGGAUGUUUCUUCACUACCGAGACUCCCUUAACAUGCGCGUUCCUGAUGAAACCUUGCCUGACAAGGAAGCUCAAAAUGCUAUCGCCGCAUCUUCAAAACUCGGAGAUUGUAGAACCAAGCAGUGUAUUCUCUGUGAAACUUUUUGUUAGAAAGUUUGAUAAUGAGAUUCUUUAUGCAGAGUGCAAUGCAGACUUCAUCGAUGCUCUUCUCAGUUUUCUGAUCUUCCCUCUUGAGUUGAUCUGUUCAUUAUCCAACAAUUUGGGAAGUGUCGGAAAUUUGUCUAGAAGCCCUUGUAGAAAAGCAUCAGCUUCCGAUUUCAAUCAAGUUCCUGAUUAUUAUGGUUGCAGUAACAACACUAUGUUUGGCUAUCUCCCUUCUCCAUCACCAGUGUAUGAAUGUUUUGUUCCUCGCAAUUCUAGCGAUUCUUGGAGUUGCCAAUUAGCCAGGCAGAUUCAGUGGUCUAUGGAUCUGUUCAUACUAGGUGGCGAUAUUGUGAAAAUGUCUCCAAACAAUCCGAAAGUAAUUUCUGGAAGUUCAUCAGGAGGUGACACCGGGUUUAUGAAGAAAAACACAAAGUUCAUUGUGUCUAAUGAUCUGAUUAUAUCUCCUAUGAAUUCAUUUUCUACUGUUGGCUUGUUGAAGAAGAUGCAGGUGAACAUCAGUGAUCUCGAGGAGCAUCAGAUUAGCAUUUCAAAAGCAGAUGUAAGUAUGGUUGUAAUUUUAAAGCUUUUUUUUUUGUUAAACUUUUGUCGUAGUGUUAAAGUUUUUGCUUCUUUUGCAGCUUAUCAGCAUUCUCAGAGCUUCUUUGGUCUCGUCCUCUGCAUUGACCAAUGGUCUCUCAAACUUGCUCGUGAAGAAACCAAAGGAAGAAACUUGAAUGCCAUAAGAAACAUAAACUGAAGAAUAUGGAUGGAGUCAUCUCAGUUUCUUAGGAUCAUGUCUUACAUCUUUUAGAUUUCUGCAUUAUUUAUUUCAAGCUUCAGUUUAUUUUCUAUUUUCUCUAGGAUUUUCAUUUAUUUUUGGUUUGAGUUUGAUGGUUUUUCUAUAUACAAUUUUAAAUACGUUAAGCAUUAACAAUUGCAUUUUGUUUUGUCUUAUCAUACUUUGUUUUAAGCUAGAAGCAUGACCGAUGCGUAAAUUUGCUAGAUUGUUGAAUUAUAAUAAUCACAGCUUGUUAUCAAAACCUUAACAGAAGUGUUGCAGAUAGGUGAUACGGACGGUUAAUCCUUAUGUUGAUGGACUCGAGAAUCAAUGUUCAUGAAACACAGAUUCUCAUCUCACUUGUAAAUAAUUUUGGAUUGAAGAAGAGAUUCUAAAAUGAGAACAAGGAAGAACUUUCCUGGAAAAAUUACAGAGAGAAAGAGAUGAACCAACCAUCUCACAAUUACAAUAUCUUGAUUGCUCUAACCCUUUGCUUUACACCCUUUUAUAGCUCAUUUCUUCAGUAACAACCCCGAUGACUUGACAUCUUCUUUCCUGUACCAGUGGAAGCAUCGAACUUGGUUUGCCGCUUGAGAAAUGAAGAAGAAGGUAUAGGUGAAGAAAAGGAAGCGAGACCCAAACCAGCAAAGCAGACCAUUGGUGUCUAAUUAUUUUUUUUUUUAAAUUAAAACAAUAAAGUUUAACAUUUAUAAGCAAAGGAAAUUAAAAUAUAAUGGUGGAUAUUUUUAACUGCACUUGCUUCUGGAUAGAUGUGUGGGACAGAAGACGAUAUGUUUUUGUAUUUCUACGAGAGUCGACCGAAUAACUCCUUUGUUCUAAUCGGUGGAACCAGUGAACCAUGCGAGCUGGUUAGAUGCGUGGGGGCACCGAAUUGGUACGAAAGUUGUAACAUAGGUUUUGAAAACCACAGAAAACAGGACUUAAUAGUUAAUUGAGAAUAUUCAUCUACAAUUUAUAAAUCAAAAUUAUCUUCAAAAUCCUUAUUCAUAACUGUAUAAAUCGUAUCUUUAACAAAAUCGUUUUACAAAUAUACCAAUCUGUAACAUACUAAAGAAAAAAAAUUGUAACAAACUCGGUUGCAAUUUUGAGAAGAUCUAUUGCAAAAAAAAAAAAAAUUUCUAUUGGAAAAAUUCAUCUAUAUAUCUAACGAAAUUCCUAACUAUUA